CCGUGUUGGUGGCACUGGUCAGUGCUACCGUGGUUCCGGCUCCCCGAGGCCUCCAAGAGGAUUUCGAAGACUUUCUUGCACUUGUUCCGGUCGACGAGCUGACAAAGUUGGCACUGGAUUACUUUUUGCACGAUAAGGAAGUUCAGGAUGUUUUUGCUUACCUGCAGGGUAAAGAAUUUUCUGCCGUUUGAGAUCAGUUUUUCGCACUCAACGAAGUUAUGGAUCUGCUGAACUACCUGGAAGACGCUGGACUACCAGUCUAUGACGCACUGAAUUAUGUCGCAGAUUUUUUGGGACUACACCACGUUAAGCCGAUGCAUAUCUUCACAAGUGUGAAAACAGAUGGACUCAAUGGAUUCCUCGAAGAGGCGCAUGCUCUCCUACCCAUGGCUAAAUUAGAGGCAUUGUUCGAGGAAAAGCUUCAGACCAGUCCGGAGUUCAAAGCUUUGUUCGAAAAACUGCAACAUACUGAUGUCCAAGAGUUUGUGGACUUCUACAAUAACUCUAAGGAUGUUCAAUCCCUGUUCCAAAAGCUCCGCAACUAUGGCGUUGACGUUGACAAAUUCUUUGAGCUCGUAGCCGGAUUCUUCGGAUGGGGAAGACACUAAAGAAUGCGCUUUUAGUUAUGAUCAUGUUUUGUUCAUAAUGCAUUGCAGAAAUGACUAAUAAAUUAAUUCAAAUA